GCGGUCACACUGAUUAGUUCUUCGCGUAUUGUAUCAACAGGUGUUGAUUAAUUGUCAGAAAACCACGAAAUGGGUGACGUUACAGGACUUAGCAAUGCCGAAGCCGACGAGCUGUGCCAAAAGCCGGACGCGUCCACCAAGGACUUCAUGUUCCAGCAAACCAUGUACCGCAUUAAAGACCCGCGCAAGUCGCUGCCCUUCUACACGGGCGUCCUCGGCAUGACCUUGCUGGUGAAACUCGAUUUCCCCGAGGCCAAGUUCUCGCUAUACUUUUUGGGCUAUGAGAACGCCGCCGAUGUACCCAAGGAUCCCAAAGAGCGCAAGAGCUGGGCACUGACCCGCAAGGCCACCAUUGAGCUGACCCACAACUGGGGAACUGAGAGCGACCCGGAUCAGAGCUACCAUACCGGAAACACUGAUCCCCGUGGCUUUGGGCACAUUGGAAUCCUGGUUCCCGAUGUAUACGCCGCUAGUCAGCGCUUCCAGGAGCUUGGUGUUGAAUUCGUAAAGAAGCCUGAUGACGGCCGCAUGAAGGGACUGGCCUUCAUCAAGGACCCCGACGGCUACUGGAUCGAGAUCUUCAAGGCCCAAACCGUCUAGUCUGACUGGAAGAUUUAUUUAAUGUUAUUAAUUGUGCAUCUGCUUUUGUUCCUUAAUUACCUGCGCUACAGCCGAGGCGCCCAGGAGUAGUCUCCCAAGUGGAGUCGUAAAAAUAAAUCAGAAAUUGUCUAACAA